GGAGGAGGGGACAGACCUGGAGAGCACUGGGGACUCUGUGCUGUUUCCUCUCAUGAUCUGACCCAGGCAGGACCUACCUCCCCCUGCCCUGCCGAGAGACGUGUUUGUUACUUUCUGCAAUGGCAAUGAGUGAUUCACUGGCCGUGGAACAUUACCUGGAGAUGGAGGAGGAAGACUUUAUGGCAGGGGGGGAUUUGGGAGAGGGUUUUGGAAGAAAGCCAGGAGGUCUCUACGAAGCACCUGGGGAACAAGCGGAGCAGACUUUUAAACUGAGAAAAGGAUCUGAUAUUCGGGGCCAUUACCACAUACUUAAGAAGGGAGAUGAUGCUGUUACAUCAAAUUAUCAACUUGUAAAAAAUCGUGCUUCAGAAGAAAGGGGUGUCGUUAAAAAUGGGACAGAAGGCGGAUACAGCAGGUGCAGACAAAAUAGCAUGGAUGCGAGCUCUGAAAUAUCAAAUGAAGAUCUGCGGCAGCGCCUUCAAGAAUUGACAGAGGAGGUUGAUCUUUUAAGGAUUGAGCUAGAGGCCUCUCAGCGACAACUAGAUGGGAAGGAUGAAGCUCUGAAGAUCUUGCAGAGUAUGGCCAUGUAUGACAAAGCGACUAGCCACACAAAAGUUAUGCUUCAAAAAGCAGAGGAGCAGCGGAGAGCUUUAGAAAAGGAAAUCAACGUGCUGCAGUGGGAAAUUGAGUUUGAUCAAGUCAGACUUAAAAACGUAGAAGAGACGUGGAAGGAAAAGUACGACCGAUUAUAUUGUGAAAAUGUAGCACUUAAAGAAUCCCUCGAACUACGGACCAGCGAAAUGAAGGCUCUUAAGUCUGAAAAUGCAAUUGUUGGUCAGCAGUGCCAGGAACUUCUCGCAAUGCUCGAUGUCAAGGAACAGAAAAUGUUCCAAGAUAAUGUGUCUCUUGAUAAAAGCAGCUUCACGGAUAUAACAGCUCUUGAGCUGGCAGUGCUUGGGGCCUGUACGUGCAGUGCUGGUCGAGAGCCCUGUGCCUGUGCCAAAAUGUCAGCGGCAACCCGUAAACAACUUCUUCAGCUCAGACAAGAGCUCGACAUGGAGAAGAAGAGCAAGGAAGAAGCUUAUGUGAUGGCCGAUGCGUUUCGAAUUGCCUUUGAACAACAGUUGCAACGACGGAAUGACGAACAUGUGCCCUUGAGUGACAUCGAGAAGCUUUGUAAAAAGGGGAGCAAACGUUUUAACAGCUGGAAACGCCUUAAAGAAGAAGGAUAUCUGUUCACAAAAGACACUUAUAAAGGCCUGGGACAGAAAUUAAAGGGGAUGUUAAAUUCUUCUGCUGACUGUAGAAACUUAGAUUCAUUGGAUGAACCUCAAGAAAUCCUGAAAAUACUGAUAGAUUUGCUCAACGAUAAAGAAGAGGCAUUAGCCCAUCAGAGGAAAGUGAGCUACAUGCUUGCAAGAACUAUAGCGGACAAGGAUGAUUCCAAAAGAAACCAGUCUAGUCCCAAGUUACCUGACAAAACCCAACAUUUAAACGCCUCCGAUACAAGUAAUGUUACAGAUCCAUCUACCUGCUUAACUAAUAAAUCUACCUCGUGCAGCUGUUCUAGUGAACAAGAGAUCAGCGAUUCAAAGAUAGACUGUUCUAGAUCCAUUGAGACCUCUUUUUCAUCCAUGUUAAAGGAUGUGCCUCCUGAAAAGGAAUCCUCAGAAGCUGUCUCCAAGACUAAUCACGAGUUGGAAUGUUGUAAGGUCGAAGGCACUGAAACACAAAAUACAUAACGGACAAAGUUUUAAAAAAUAUUAAAUAAAAUCUUAUUUUUAACAAUUUGUACCCUAAUCACACAUGGUGAUCAGUUCUGGGACUCCAGCUUGUUGAUGACCGAGCACAUAUAUUUUAACAUGUGUCUGCCUCAUUUGAUUGGACAGUGUGUGUGUGUAUAUAUAACCGUAACAAAAGUAAUAUGUUAUUAAUGGAGAAAUUAUGU